AUGGAAUCCCUUUCCUUUCCCCAUACAGGGGGAGUCGGCGAGAUGUUCCCGCGAUCCACCACCUGUUCGCAGACAGGCGACUACACCGCCCCAGACGGAUUGAAUUUCACUACAUAUUGUGGUGAAGAUGUCGUCUCCUCGACGUACUCGUCAUAUGUACCAACGGAAAAGAAUUUCACGGCCUGCAUGGACGGUUGCUCCACAGAAUCCUGGCGAUGUUGGGGCGUUAUGUGGCAAGAAUCGAAUAGUUCUUGCUGGGAAUUGGCUUCUCCAACAGUCCUGACAGUGGCAAAUCUCACAACCUCGGACACUAGAGAUAUUGCGCUCGCAAACAGUACACAGAUUUCUAGCAACAUUUCGUGUCCCUAUACCAAUGAUUCGACCCUGAGUACCCCCGAGGGACUGGAUUUCAAACUUGCUUGCAAUAUGGAGAUUUCCGGCAACGAUUUGUGUCCGUGGUCUUCUGAUUUUUGUCCGACCUAUGCCGUGAGCUUGGACGAGUGCAUGGAGGCUUGUGUUCAGGCCCAUCCGCUUUGCGAAGCCGCUAUGUGGAAUCCAGGGCACCUUUCAGGUUACCUGAACUGCUUCCUCAAGAAUGCAACCGGACCCCUGGUGGCAAAUACUGGCAUAAUAUAUCACACUGCUGUGGCCGAAGUUGUGACCCUAGCUCAGGGAUGUCCUACUUAUACAAGCUACACGAGCAGCGAUGGGAAGGCGUUUAACAUCACUUGUUCCCAACAAGCAACUCAGGCGACCAAUAUCACCUUCUCACACCAGAAUAACAUUACCGCAUGUAUUGAUAGCUGUGCUUCCUAUGACGGGACCCCAGAGUGCGAAGCUGUUGUCUUUGACGCUACCCUGGACUCUGGGUACGAGAAUUGCCAACUGUUGAACUCAGUGCAGAUGCUUGACUCGUCCACAAAUUUGAAUAUCGCCCAAAUUGUCUCUACCUCAUCGGACUCGUCCAGUGCGUCAUCUGGCAGCAGCAGCAAGGCAUGGGUUGCUGGUCCAGUCAUUGGUGGAGUAGUCGCCAUUGUCGCCGCUGGACUGGCAUGGUUCUGGUGGAACCGACGAAAAAGAAGAAAUGAGGUUCCUACUCAAGAGAGCAACAGUCUUAAUACGAUAGAAAACCAAAAGAAUCAUGAUGUCGCUACGCUUCUUGAGGCCAGGUCGCAUCAAGAGGAACUCGACUCUGCCCCUAUCGCAGAGCUUACGGGAUCGGAACGAGUGGAACUCCCAUCGCAGAAAAAUCCUGCGCAUGAAAUGCCGGCCUAA